GAGACGAGCAUGGAGGUGGACUGGGGGAGACGACGGCUGUCGCGUCUCACCGUCGUCAACCCUCCCGUCAACUCCCUCUCCACCGACGUGUUACUCAGUCUUAAAGAUGCAUAUGAAGAAGCAUUGAGAAGAAAUGAUGUGAAAGCCAUUGUGGUUACAGGUGCAAGAGGAAAGUUUUCUGGUGGUUUUGACAUCACAGCUUUUGGUGGCCUUCAAGGGGGAAAGUAUAUGGACCAACCGAAGGUUGGGUUUAUUUCAAUAGAUAUCAUCACCGACCUGUUAGAGGGUGCAAGAAAACCAUCAGUGGCAGCUAUUGAUGGCGUAGCUCUUGGCGGUGGCUUAGAGGUUGCAAUGGCAUGCCAUGCUCGCAUUUCCACAUCAACUGCUCAACUUGGCUUGCCCGAACUUCAACUUGGGAUUAUUCCAGGAUUCGGAGGGACACAACGGCUUCCACGCCUUGUUGGCCUUCCUAAAGCUCUUGAAAUGAUCCUGAUGUCCAAGCCGAUUAAAGGAGAGGAAGCUCAUGCACUGGGUCUUGUUGAUGCUAUAGUACCACCUGAUGAACUUGUAAAGGCUGCUCGCAGUUGGGCUUUGGAUAUUGUUGAAUUCAGAAGACCAUGGAUCAAGAGUCUUUACAAAACAGACAAGAUAGAGCCCCUUGAGGAGGCCAGGGAAAUUCUCAAUUUUGCAAGAAUUCAGGCUCGUAAACGAGCUGCCAAUCUUCAUCAUCCAUUGGUUUGUAUUGAUGUCAUAGAAGAGGGUAUAGUCUCUGGACCACGCGCGGGACUUUGGAAGGAAGCAAAUGCUUUUCAGGAACUACUUCAUUCUGACACAUGCAAAAGCUUAGUCCAUGUCUUCUUUGCAAUGCGUGCAACCUCAAAGGUUCCCGGUAUCACUGAUCUGGGUCUGACUCCUCGCAAGGUAGCUAAAGUUGCAAUUCUUGGAGGAGGUCUAAUGGGAUCUGGAAUUGCAACAGCAUUAAUCUUGAGCAAUUAUCCUGUGGUACUUAAAGAAGUAAACGAGAAAUUCUUAAAUGCAGGGAUUGAUAGAGUUAAAGCCAAUUUGCAGAGCCGUGUUAAGAAAGGAAAAAUGACUAACGAAAAAUAUGAGAAGACUCUUUCUCUACUUAGAGGUGUUCUUGAUUAUGAAAGCUUCAAAGAUGUUGAUAUGGUCAUUGAGGCAGUUAUUGAGAAGGUGUCUUUAAAGCAAGAAAUAUUUGCUGAUCUGGAAAAAUACUGCUCUCCACAUUGCAUACUUGCUACCAACACUUCAACCAUAGACUUGAAUCUAAUUGGCGAAAAAACAUUGUCCCAGGAUCGCAUUGUAGGUGCACAUUUUUUCAGUCCUGCCCACAUCAUGCCACUUCUGGAAAUAGUUCGUACCCAGAAGACAUCCCCUCAGGUUGUUGUGGACUUGUUGGAUGUUGGAAAAAAGAUUCGGAAAACCCCCAUUGUAGUUGGGAACUGCACUGGUUUUGCUGUGAACCGGAUGUUUUUUCCUUACACUCAGUCAGCACUCUUAUUCGUAGAUCAUGGUUUAGAUGUCUAUAAGAUUGAUCAAGCUUGUACAAAAUUUGGUAUGCCGAUGGGACCUUUCAGAGUGGCAGAUCUUGUUGGGUUUGGGGUUGCAGUUGCAACAGGCAUGCAAUAUCUGGAGAGUUUUCCAGAAAGAGUUUACAAAUCAAUCCUAAUGCCACUCAUGCUUGAGGAUAAAAGGGCAGGUGAAGCUACAAAGAAGGGCUUCUAUUUAUAUGAUGAGAAGAGGAGGGCGAGGCCAGACCCGGAAUUAAAGAAGUAUAUUGAAAGAUCAAGAGACAUGGCUGGCAUUACGCCCAAUCCUGAGCUAAUGAAGUUACAGGACAAGGAUAUAGUGGAGAUGGUAUUCUUCCCUGUUGUAAACGAGGCAUGCCGGGUCCUUGAUGAAGGCAUUGCAGUGAAGGCAUCUGACCUUGACAUUGCUUCCGUCAUGGGCAUGGGUUUCCCUCCUUACAGGGGCGGUAUCUUGUUCUGGGCUGAUUCUCUCGGAGCAAACUACAUCUUCAGGAGGUUGGAAGAGUGGACAAAGGCUUAUGGAGAAUGCUUCAAGCCAUGUAGCUAUCUAGCAGAAAGAGCUGCCAAAGGAAUACCUCUGAGUGCACCAUCGAAUCAGGCCAAAGCCCGACUGUAAGAUCACUUUGCGUCAUUAGAAUAAGUCAGCUGCGAAUAUCGUUGAGAAAUGGAUGGAUAACAAUCGAAGAGUACACGAAAUGGAUGGAUAACAAUCGAAGAGUACACGGGAAAGUACCUCUUCGAGCUUUCUCUACGAAAGAUACGGAUAUGCUCAUAUGCUUGCAACACCGCUCUCACUUUUCUUUCUUUUCUGUAAUCUCUCGGUAGCAUCGUGCUACAAUAAUACAUGUUUAUAGUGUUGUCAUACGAACCUAAACGCAAAUCCAACAGCCUUCAUACCAUAAUCCUUGUGGAUAUAGUUGUGCAUGUUGCGACUGCAAUGAUCAUCGUCACUUGCGCGUAAACUGCUUACUAUUGCAGAAUUUAACUGGAAGAGGCGUGAUUUCAAACUUGCUCUAAAUUUAAGUUAUUGCAUACCGACUGAAGAAUUGCAAUGUACUGAGAGGUAAAAAGGAUGGAAAGAACCCCAAGGAACGUAAGACGCCCGCAUCCAUUCUCAAUGAUUUCUUUCCGAGGAUGAACAACUUGUGUGAUGUAUUUAUGUACAUGUACGCAUGAAAGGAGGCAAGAAAACAUAAAUGGGCUAUAUUCUUUUUCCAAUA